AUGGAGGAUCAUCACACCAAUGGCCAGAGUGAGCCGGAAGCUGGAGAGUGGUCUGGUCCUUGGGAGGUGAGAUCGGGAGUACCAGACGACGACAAUGAUAGUCAUAACCAUCAGAGCGACAGCACCAUAAUCAUAAUGCCCCCUUCCGCUCUUCACUCGCAGGGCCUCAGCCGGUAUGAAGUCGAGAGCCGUUCAACUCCUCACGCCAUCACCCACCAAGGCGCAGCUCAGUCUAGCCGAUGGCCUGCCACCAUCACCGGACAUUUGCCGCACAGGGAUGAGUCCGCAUGCGCUAUGGAUCAAUCCUGGGAUAACCACCAUAACCUCAUGGGAUCGUACGGUGCCAAAUCUCCCGCUGAAGAGGGACAUGUGGAGGCCAAGCUGGCAGCAGACCGCAUGCAGCAGUGCGACUUGGAGACCUUGCAGCUCGGAUCCCACAGGCCUGGAGUUUGUGAAGCCCAUGGUCAGCAAGAACGUCUGGGACAUGACGGCACUGGUAUGUCUCACGAAGAUGUCUAUCAAUUCAGAGACCGCUUGGUCGAUGGACAUGCUGACGCUGCUGACGCUCCAUCACUGCGGCUCGGGUGGAUUGACGAGGAAGCUGAUGUUCACUUGAAUAAUAGCGGAGAUGACGGUAAGACGGAUGGUAGUCGCAACCCGGAAGACGCUCAAGUGCAGGAGGGCCAGAGCAAUGGUGGCAAGAGUGACGAGCAGAGUGGAUCGAAACCAGACGUCAAUAACGGCCCUGUUGAAGAGGGUAUGAGCAGCACCAGCAGCAGUGACGAGCAGAAAGAAUCCAAGCCAAAGGUCAGCUCCGGCCUGGUUCAGGAGGGCGAUAGCAGCGGUGACAGCAGCGCCGAGCAGAAGAAAACGAAGCCAGACGUCAAUCCCAGCCCUGUUAAAGAGGAAGAGAGCAGCAGUGGCAGCAAUGACAGAAGCGAGGAACGUGGGCAGUGGUGCCCUGCUGGCUAUCGCGAUGGGGACAUCACCGACGACGAAGACGACGAUAGAAUGAGUUUAGACGACGAGCGAGAGGAGGAGGACCCUGACGCAGAUGACGAGCACAACGGCCUCGAUGAGGGCGGGGGCCCAGACAUGGGCGGGUUUCCAGACGACGACGACGACGACGACGAUGGAGAAGCAGGUGGCUUUACGGAGAGCGGGGCCGACGAAUAUUGA